AUGCCUUCUGGGGAAGACAAUGGCGCUUUACGGAAUUUCAAGCUGAACGAGUCAACUUUCUUAGCUUCACUCAUGCCCAAGAAAGAAAUUGCUGCCGAUCGGUUUGUUGAAGCCCACCCGGAAUACGACGGUCGUGGAGUGAUUAUUGCAAUUUUUGAUUCUGGGGUGGACCCGGCUGCUGCCGGGCUUCAAGAAACUUCUGAUGGGAAGCCAAAGAUCUUAGAUGUUAUUGAUUGCACUGGGAGUGGGGAUAUUGAUACAUCAACAGUAGUGAAGGCUGAUGACCAUAGUUGUAUCCGCGGGACCUCUGGGUCGACUUUGGUUUUAAAUUCUUCAUGGAAGAAUCCAACUGGCGAAUGGCAUGUGGGUUGUCAGUUGGUUUAUGAGCUUUUCGCAAAUACGCUAACUUCUCGAUUGAAGAAAGAGAGAAAGAAAAGGUGGGAUGAAAAGAAUCAGGAAGCAAUUGCUGAGGCUGUGAAGCAGCUUGAUGAAUAUGACAAGAAACACACGAAAAUUGAGGAUGCAAACUUGAAAAAGGUCAGGGAGGAUCUCCAGAAUAGAGUUGAUCUUCUACGCAAGCAGGCUGAUAGCUAUGAUGAUAAAGGACCUGUCAUAGAUGCUGUUGUAUGGCAUGAUGGAGAAGUUUGGAGGGCUGCUCUUGACACGCAGAGUUUUGAUGAUGAACCAGGAUGCGGGAAGCUUGCUGACUUUGUUCCUUUAACUAAUUAUAGGAUUGAGCGAAAGUAUGGCAUUUUUAGCAAAUUAGACGCAUGUACAUGUGUUCUUAACAUAUAUAAUGAAGGCAACAUUUUGAGUGUCGUAACCGAUAGCUCUCCCCAUGGUACUCAUGUUGCUGGAAUAUCUGCCGCUUUCCAUCAAAAGGAGCCUUUGUUGAAUGGCGUUGCCCCUGGAGCACAAUUGAUUUCAUGUAAAAUUGGAGAUUCACGCUUAGGUUCAAUGGAAACAGGAACAGGCUUGACUCGAGCACUGAUUGCAGCCGUGGAGCACAAAUGUGAUCUUAUAAACAUGAGUUAUGGGGAGGCCACUUUGCUCCCAGAUUAUGGUCGUUUUGUUGAUCUUGUGAAUGAGGUAGUCAACAAGCACAGGCUGAUAUAUGUUAGUAGUGCUGGUAACAAUGGACCAGCAUUGAGCACUGUGGGUGCACCCGGUGGUACCACAUCGAGUAUUAUAGGAGUUGGUGCAUAUGUUUCUCCUACCAUGGCUGCCGGAACUCACAACUUAGUUGAGGCUCCUCCUGAAGGUCUUGAAUAUACCUGGUCUAGUCGAGGACCAACAGCUGAUGGGGAUCUUGGAGUCUGCAUAAGUGCUGCUGGAGGAGCUGUAGCUCCUGUUCCUACAUGGACUCUUCAACGACGUAUGCUUAUGAAUGGAACAUCAAUGUCAUCUCCAUCUGCUUGUGGUGGGGUUGCUCUGCUUGUCAGUGCCAUGAAGGCUGAAGGGAUUCCUGUGAGUCCAUACAGUGUCCGGAAGGCUCUGGAGAACACAGCAAUUCCUGUGGGUGGAUUGCCUGAAGAUAAACUGACUUCUGGACAAGGGCUUAUGCAAGUUGACAAGGCAUAUGAAUACGUUCAGAAGUCAUGUAAUGUUCCGUGUGUAUGGUACCAAGUAAAGGUUAAUCAGUCUGGAAAACCAACACCCACAUCACGAGGUAUCUACCUAAGGGAGGCUAAUUCUUGUCGACAGAAAACAGAGUGGACAGUGAAAGUGGAACCCAAGUUUCAUGAAGAUGCCAGCAACCUAGACCAACUGGUUCCCUUUGAAGAGUGUAUUGAGUUACAUUCUACUGGAGAAGCAGUGGUGAGAGCUCCGGAGUAUCUUCUCCUCACUCAUAAUGGACGUGACUUCAACUUGAUUGUGGACCCUACGCAUCUCAGUGAUGGUUUACACUAUUAUGAAGUCUAUGGAUUAGAUUGCAAAGCACCGUGGCGUGGUCCUCUCUUCAGAAUUCCAGUUACUAUUACAAAGCCUAAAGCUGUGGAAAGCCGUCCUCCCCUGGUCACGUUUCAAAAGCUGUCAUUUCUGCCUGGCCAUAUUGAACGCACGUUUAUUGAAGUUCCACUUGGUGCAACUUGGGUUGAGGCAAAUAUGAAAACAUCAGGAUUUGAAACUGCUCGAAGAUUUUUCAUAGAUGCUGUUCAGAUUUCCCCCCUUCGAAGGCCAAUGAAAUGGGAAAGUGUUGCUACAUUUUCUUCUCCUUCUUCCAAAAGCUUUGCCUUUCCUGUGGAGGGUGGCCUUACAAUGGAACUAGCAAUAGCUCAAUUUUGGUCCAGCGGUGUUGGAAUUCAUGAAACCACUGUUGUAGAUCUAGAAAUUGCAUUCCAUGGCAUCAAAAUCAACAACAAAGACAUUGUACUUCAUGGUGGUGAAGCACCUGUCCGAGUUGACGCUGAAGCUCUUCUAUCUGUCGAGAAACUUGGCCCUACAGCAGUACUAAAUAAGGUAAGAGUUCCAUAUCGUCCUAUUGAUGCUAAACUGAGCACGCUAGCAGCAGAGCGGGACAAAUUGCCGUCAGGCAAACAGACACUGGCACUAAUAUUGACUUACAAAUUCAAAUUGGAAGAUGCAGCUGAGAUAAAGCCUCAGAUUCCCCUACUUAACAAUCGCAUAUAUGAUAACAAGUUUGAGUCUCAAUUUUACAUGAUAUCAGAUCCAAACAAGCGUGUAUAUGCCAUGGGUGAUGUUUAUCCAGAUUCUGCAAAACUUCCCAAGGGUGAAUACAAUUUGCACCUUUAUCUAAGGCAUGACAAUAUGCAGUGUUUGGAGAAAAUGAAACACUUGGUGUUAUUCAUUGAAAGAACCUUGGAAGAGAAGGAAGUUAUUCGAUUGAGUUUUUAUGAUCAACCUGAUGGCCCCAUGAUGGGUAAUGGAAGCUUUAAAUCUUCAACAUUAGUUCCUGGCGUGAAAGAAGCAUUUUAUGUGGGCCCUCCAACAAAGGACAAGCUCCCCAAGCACACUCCAGGAGGAUCUGAACUGGUUGGGGCAAUUUCAUACGGAAAGCUCUCAUCUGCAAUGAACGAUGUGGGUAAAAAUCCAGAAAAGAAUCCUGUAUCUUAUGGCAUAUCAUAUCUAGUGCCACCAAUUCAGAUUGAUGACGACAAGGGUAAAUGUUUUUCUUCAAGUUGCACUAAGAGUGUGGAGGAAAAGUUAGAAGAAGAGCUCCGCAAUACCAAAAUUAAGGUUCUAGCCAGUCUAAAACAAGGCACUGAUGAGGAACGUGCUGCAUGGAAGAAGUUAUCCAUCUCCCUUAAGUCAGAGUACCCCAAAUACACGCCAUUGCUUUCUAAAAUAUUGGAAGGGUUGCUCUCCCAGAAGAAUGGUGAAGACAAGAUUCAUCAUUAUGAAGAGAUCAUCACUGCCGCAGAUGAGGUUAUUGAUAGUGUUGAUACAGAUGAAUUGGCCAAAUAUCUUUCUCAGAAAACCGAGCCAGAAGAUGAGGGUGCAGAAAAACUGAAAAAGAAAAUGGAGACAACUCGUGAUCAGUUGGCAGAAGCCUUGUACCAGAAAGGAAUAGCUUUAGCAGAGAUCGAACAUCUGAAGGGUGAGAAACACGCGGAUGCGGAGGAUGCUGAAGCUGCUUCCGAUUCUCAUGUCCAACCAGAUUUGUUUGAAGAGAACUUCAAAGAACUCAAAAAAUGGGUGGAUGUAAAAUCCUCCAGAUACGGCACACUCUUAGUUACAAAUGAGAGACGUAAAGGAAGGCUUGGAACUGCACUAAAGGUGUUAAACGACAUGAUCCAAGAUGAACAGCCUCCGAAAAGGAAGCUAUAUGAAAUGAAGAUUUCAUUGCUGGAGCAAAUAGAAUGGUACCAUUUGGUAUCUUACGAGAAACUAUGGAUGAACGUGCGAUUCCCAGCGUGUCUGCCUCUUUUUUAG